AUGAAUGAACGAAUUGAAUCACUUUUUAUUGAACCAGUUAUUGACAUAACCCAAUUAAGAAAAAUGAUGUAUUCAGGAAAGCUUCAAGUUAACUCAGCUUUAAGACCAAAAGCAUGGCAGAUUUUAUUAGGAUAUUUACCUCCAAAUCAAUUUGAAUGGGGACUAGAAAUUCAACAAAAGUCCCAACAAUAUAAAGUUAAUACCCAACAAUUAUUGCCAACAAUUAUUGGAAGAACUGAUUUUCUUGAGAAAGAAGUACAACCAAUAAGACCUCGUCCAACAAGACUUUCAAAUAACCCCAAAAUUAUUAUUUUUGAUAGAAAUGAUCCUUCUCCUUUAUCUCAUGAUGACAAAACACCAAAUAGUUCACUUGACACCCCUCGUAAUGAAAGUGUUUUUGCUAUUCCUGAACGUUCUCAUUCAACAGUUUCUCGUCUUCCUUCUCCAAAGUCUUUGUUUGAUAAAAUUGUACGUCCACGGUCAUCAUCUACUUCAUCAGACCAAAGAAAGAAAAUUGAUCAAGAUGCUGUUAAAUUAAAAUACCAAAUACGAAUAAUUGAUAAUGAUAUUCCAAGAACACUUACUAUCUUAAAAAUUGAAAACGAAAAUAAUAUUGUUAAUCAUAGAAAUGUUAUUAAAAGGAUAUUAUAUUGUCUUGUUGCAAUUGAUAAAAUUAAAUAUACUCAAGGCAUGAAUGAACUUGUUUCAGUAUUAUAUUAUGUUUUUGCUCUUCAUUCAAAUAAUCAAGAUUUUGAAGGGGCAGAAGUAUCAAGUUAUUAUUGUAUGAAAGGUUUAUUAAAAGAAUAUUCACAUUAUUUUAAUGAAGAAGAAGAUGAUAAAGAUGAAGGUAUUAAUAAAGCAAUGAAUGGUGUGAUGAAUCGUUUAAAAGAAGAAGAUAACGAAUUGUUUGAAUCAUUACAAGAAAAAGGAAUUGAGAAUGCAUUAUUUUUAUUUAGAUGGAUGUCAUUGUUAUUAACAGAAGAAUUACCAAUAAAUUCUUUAGUAAUGUUUUGGGAUAGAAUUCUUGCUAAUUUAAGAAGUAGACAAUACCUUCAAUGUUUUUGUGUUUCAAUGAUUAUAUCAAUUAAAGAUGAAUUAAUGGAAAAAGAAUUUGAUGAAGCAUUAAGAUUAUUACAACAUUAUCCAUUAAAGAAUUUUAAUGACCUUGACUUAAAUGCUAAGCUUAUGAUUAAAUUUCCUAAAAAAUCAAAAAUAAUAAAACCAACUUAUAUUGACCAACCUAUUCAACCACAAUUCAAAUUCAUAAAUAAAGACGAUGAUAAAGAAGAUGGGGCUAGUUGUAUUUUUGAAGUCCCACAUCGUUCUGUUUCUUCUCUAAUUUAA